CACGGCCUUCCUUUCCCUUGUAGCCUGGCCUCUCCAGUCCUCUCUCUCUCUCUCUCUCAUCAUCGUCACCAUCCUCAGCUAAGGAAUAUUUAAUCAAGUGUAGUGCAAACUUUAGUCUCGCCAAUCAUCAACCGUUAUACUUCUCAAUUUGUCUUUGAGCUCUUGUGUUCAUCUGUUCCACCAGAAUGGAGGGCAUGUCUGUUUCUUCUGGCUCUGGCCUCCCUCCUGGGUUCAGAUUCCAUCCCACGGAUGAAGAACUAAUCAUGCAUUACCUAAGAAACCAGGCCACGUCCAGGCCAUGCCCCGCGGCCAUCAUCCCAGAAGUUGAUAUUUACAAAUUUGAUCCCUGGCAAUUACCUGAGAAAGCCGAAUUCUGGGAGAACGAGUGUUACUUCUUCACGCCGCGGGACCGGAAGUACCCGAAUGGGGUGCGCCCCAACCGGGCGACCGUGUCCGGAUACUGGAAGGCCACAGGCACGGACAAGGCAAUCUACAGUGGGUCAAAGUACGUCGGGGUCAAGAAGGCCCUCGUGUUCUAUAAGGGCCGCCCGCCCAAGGGGACCAAGACCGACUGGAUCAUGCACGAGUACCGACUAACCGACGUGAAAGGACAAGCGAAGAAACGAAGCGGGUCGAUGCGACUGGAUGAGUGGGUGCUGUGCAGGAUCUACAAGAAGAGGCAAACUGGCAAGACAUUGGAGCCCGGAAUUGAAGAACCCAAUCAUAAUGUCCAAGCAACUGACAAAGUGUGUGCCAAUCUUGAUGCUACUGACCCACCAAUGCUGAAAUUCCCAAGGACAUUCUCACUGACCCAUCUGCUGGAAAUGGACUACUUGGCCCCAUUCUCCCACAUCUUAUCUGACAACCCCUACAGUGCAAUCUUUGAUUUCCAAAACACCAUAAGCAACAACUCUGGAAAUGAUUGUGCUGAUCAGAAACCACAGGGUGGACAUAUGCCCCACCACGUGGCAGAUAACUGGGGCAAGUUCCAAGCGGUUCAGAACAGUGCCUUGAACCAGACCGUGGUCAUCAACCCCAUCUUUGACCUCCAGUGAUUUGUUGGGGACAAAAAAUCAAAAAAGAAGAAAAAAAAAAUCAUGGCUUUAAAUAGAAAGGAAAUUUGAAAUUUGAUUAUGCGAAGAAUUUGAGGAUCGGCAGGACACCACCAGCUAUUCAAGAAACGAAAAAUCUGUAAUUUGGUUGUAAGGGUUUAUAUAUAAGUAUAAUGAAUCAGUGGAAAUUUUUACGUGCAA